UUUUCGACUGCACUUAAAAACCAGUACGUUGGUCUUCGUUAAUUUCAAGUUGGCUGAGCUAACGAUUCUAUUGCCUAUUGAAUAGAACCUCCCCGAGUCACCUUAUUCUUUGUCCACCCUCAGUCGCUACUCCAGAUUGUUGAAAAUGGUCUUGCUGGGCUCCCUGAUUGCCAUCGCCUCCGUGGCUGGCCUCGUACAAUGCCAAAUCGACCCCCAGGACAUUGAAAAGGCCACGAGAGAGCAAUGGUGCGUCUCACAGAGGGGGGCCUGUCCUCUUCUGUGCCUUCAGAUUCCCGGUGCAUCCGAGAACCCAACUUAUAAUGACUGUGACGCUGAUACCCUUGCUUAUAACUGUGUCUGUGACAACGGCCAAUCGCCCAACGCUUCCGAAUAUUCCCAGACUAUACCCUACUACAUUUGCACCGAACAAAACAACCAGUGCGUCAAUGCCUGCCCUCAAUCCGACACCAACUGUCAAGAUAAAUGCCGCACUGCCAAUCCUUGUGGAGCUCAAAACCCAAGGCGCGCGAACACCACCUCUACCACGUCGAUUAGUGCCACCGACACCCUUAGCCCUACCACCUCUUCGCCGGCCCCCUUUACUGGUCUUCCCGAUGAUGAGGACGCAGCUGUCCGGCCUUUGACCGACCUUACUCAGGUCUAUGGCCUCACCAUCGUCCUGGGGGGAUUCUUCGCGGGUUUUGCGAUUCUUCUCUGAUGUUUUCAAUGUUGAGGUGGCAUAGCGGCAGCAUUUGGGACGUCGUUUCAUUUCCUUCCAUGACUGUACCAUGGGUAAUCAUAAUUCUCGAGUUUUUGUCUUUCAUGCAACUUCGUCUUCAUUAUUGAUCUUAUUUUCCGAGCGUCCGAUGCUCAACUGUAAUUAUGAAACGACAUUUGUAGGAGAAAUAGGAAAUACUCGUCUGAAAUAUCUUCUUCUGAGUCUUUACCUUUCUCUCUUUGAGCGAAGACGCAAAGCCAUAGCGGGCAGCUUGAACUGGAACUCGAGUAAGUAACU